AACCGGCAGCGCGCGGAAGAGGAAAGUCUGCAGGAGAUGUUCGUUGGUGAAAAACAAGCUACGUUAGCAACCGUAGUUUGAGCUAGCGCACGCUACAGUCCGAUAAAUUAACAAUAAAACAGUGUACAUUAUAUUUCGAGUGGAUGUACGGGAAUCGCCAGGGGUUAACUGUUAGUCAGCCAGUCGUUAUAAUAGGUAAAUGUAGAUAAAGUGAGCAAGCUGGUCGUAAGCGGUUGCAACGUAACCGCAGCUAGCUGGCUAACUUUAGCAAUCAAUCGUACCUGUAACAAUUCAUUUUUUUUAAUUUAUAAAUAAUAUAACGUUAAAGGAAAGUGGAGACAAUGCACCACGUCAAGAUCAAGACCGAAAGGCCAGAUUCAGAGGGGACCGGUGCACGCAGCAGACUGGACGCUGUGUUGAAGGGAUUGGUGGAGAGGAGUGAAAACGAAAGGGAGCAAAAUGAGGGCGAUGCUGGAAAAAUAUCAGCGGACUCUUUAAACAAGGAUUUGUCUCCAUCAUCUGCUGGAAAAAGGCCUUCAGCUCGAUUCCCACAGCACCGGAGGAAGAAGAGAAAAGAGAUGGAUGAAGGCAUACCAGAGAGCAAUCAACAUAAACAAAAUUCUUACAUUAUUAAGCUAUUUGAUCGCAGUGUGGAUUUAGCCCAGUUCAAUACCAGUACUCCGCUCUAUCCCAUCUGUCGUGCCUGGAUGAGAAACAAUCCUUCUGUUCGAGAGCCACCUGCUUCCCCAAGCCCCUCACACAGCAUGGUAGAGGAAGAGGUUACAGACAUGAUCAAUGGUAAAGGUCAGAAUGUGUACAGACUUGCCCCUCCAACUUCCUGUCCAGUCAGCACAUCUGGUGAACCCAUCAAUCUCAGGAUCCCACAGACUGAAAAACCCACUGUUACCAAGUUAACAGAUUCAGUUCCCGUAUCCGGUUCUCUCAUAUGUGACCACAUGGAACGUUGGAAAAAGAUAAGGCAAAAAUGGAAGGAGUGCUCAAACAAGAACCAGUUAAGAUACAGCGAGAGUAUUAAGGUCCUUAAGGAGAUGAAGGAGCUCUAUGAUCACUAACUGGCUUCUAGCUCUCCAACACAGAAUGGUCUCUAUGCACUUGGAAAGGAGUCAUGGUGUAGCAGUAAAUACAGACUCAAAAAAAUAUAUAUGUACAGAGCCUUGAGCCUUAUAGACCUUAUGUCUUAUGCAUUGCCGAAAAAAAAUAUUUUGAUGUAGGUUUAUGUUGCAAUUUUUGUGCUUUUAUUUAUACUGAUUCCCUGUAGACUUCUAAAUAAAUUGACUACUCAUCAGUAGCAUUUUUCCAAA